AUGCUUGCUAGAGGGCUGAAGAGGAAAUACGGUCCCCAGGAAGAAGGAGAAGAGUUUGGGCACUGUCCCUCCUAUAGCCUGUAGCUGCAGUCACUCCUGGACAAGUCCCUGGACAAGCUCCAGCUCGGCCACCUGCCAGUGGAGCCCAACCUCUGCCACUCAGUCCUUAUUGCCCACACAGUCCGGCUGAUCCCGGAGGAGAUGAGUCGGGAUGGUGUGCGGCAUGGGAUCACACCCCGGAAUGUAGAACGGACACCGACUGACCGCCUGGUCUCCCCAGAGAUCCUGUGUCGUACAACCAGGGCAGCUGACGGGGAGCACCCCACUCCUGAACUGGAAGGCGGUUCCCUGCAAAGCUCGGCUUCUGAGCUCCCCAUGGUCAGCUCAGCACAGGGGCAAAGGGGCCCUCAGAGCAGCCUCUGGGAGACAGACAACCCACAAGAAAACCAGGGAGGCUUUCAGAAGACAUUGGACCAGAUAUUUGAGACCCUGGAGAACCAAAUCCCCAGUUGAGUGGAGGACCUCUUCUCAAAUGCGGACAGUUCCUUAGACCUAGACACGGUGCUGACGGGAAUGAUGAGUGCCAAGCCCAGUCUCUGCAGCGACCUCGAGAGCUUUGCUGCUGCCCCACCUAACAGCUCCACCUGCAAGUCUGGCCUUCUACAAAAGAGAAGCCUUAUGCUUGUAAGAACUGUCAAAAACCUUUAUUUGCUCCAGUCUUCUGAACAGACAUGA